AUGUCAAACUUAGCACCAUGGUCUUCCUUCUCACCUCACAUCCCAGAUACUACAGAACAACCUAGCACUUCAUCCUCAUCAGCAAAAGGAAAAAGAAAAUCCCUCUAUCAUGUAAAACCAACAGAGGACACUAAGAUGUCAGAUCUAAAAUCAAUGAAAUGGGAUGCUACGAAGCAGAAGACAGGAGGGAAGGGGGCCAAGGAAAAAAAGCAGCCAGAUAUGACAUACAACAUGGAAAAGCUGGAACAGAAGCAAGGGAAGUCCUUGGCUGUUGCCCCCACAAAAGAGAACUACCAAUUAUUCCUGAGGAAUUCCCUGAAACAAGGGAAAAAAUCUCCAGAGGAGUCUAUAGGAAUCCAAGAUCCUUACCUCACCUCUUUUGCCACUUUGAAGGAUGCAAACAAGAAGUUAAUCAGAGACUUAGAUGACCCAGAAAUUGUAAUAGCAGUAACCCCGAGAAUGAACAUCCCACGUAGGAACAGCACGGAUACUAAUGCCAGCACGUUUAUGCAGGAUACCUUUUCUUCUUCCCGUAAGGGAACGAUUACAAAGGUACCAGACCCCUCAUCUAGCUUCCAGGGGCAUGAUCAGAAGAUAAAGAAUUUAAUUGAGAAGACUCCAAGUGUGAAGCCAGAAACAAGCUCCAUGCUGUUGAAGCCUCAGGAAGUUCUUAGCUGCAGGUACUUGCGCCUCUCUAAGAACAAUGUCCAGACCUUGAUCAAUCUGUGUAAGGAUUCAGGAAUGGAUGUAGACAUUCAUCCUCACAUGAAUGAAUCUGAAAUGAAUGCCAACAAGAUAUUCAGCAGAAAGCAUAACACAGCCCUCUAA